UCUCGACCCCAGUGACACAUGCUCAAGGGGGUCCUAAAGCUGUGGUGUCUGUAAUACCUGAUACACACGUAUACAAAGGUGAGCAUGUUACUCUCAAAUGUGACGUUGAUGGAGGAGGAGGAAGAGGAGGACAAGACACUCAGUGGAUUUACAGCUGGUAUAAGAAUAAUAGCAAAGUUUUCCCAAAUAGAAAGUACAGUACUGACAGCACACUGCAUGAGUUCAGAAUCAGUCCUGUUACAGACUCUGACAGUGGAGGAUACAACUGCAGAGCACGGAAACGUGACCUUCUGAGCUCAGAGAUCAGCGAAACCGUUACAUUGAUUGUGUCAGCAAAACCCCAACCGACUGUCCGAGUGAAUCCUCACAGCUCCGUCUACAUAGGAGACACCGUCACUCUGAGUUGUGAGCUGCAGCGGAUGACUGGAUUUACAUUCUCCUGGUACAAAUAUAAGCCUUCAGGAAAGCUGAGUGCUAUACCCAGCACCACCCGCAUGCUGAACGUGACCGUCUUCAAUCUGGGAAAGAUCGUGUACAAGUGUAGCGCAUGCAGGCCAAACACCUGGGGAGACUUCUACACAGAGUACAGUGAUCCAGUCCAGAUUACAGCAAGUAAGAGACCAAAGGCAGUACUGAGUGUAUCUCCACAGAACUGGCUGACUGAAGGAGACUCAGUGACUCUAAGCUGUGAGGUUACAGACUCCUCUACAGACUGGACAUUCAGCUGGUACACAGUUGUUCCCUACAGAGACGGAUUAACUCAAAUAAUAAUGAAUCAUGACUACUUCAUAUAUGUGGAGCUUCUCUCAGACAGCAGCAGAGGAUCUGGAGGCAACUACACUCUCAGUCCUUCUGCUCUUCAUCACACAGGAGUUUAUGUGUGUAGAGGAGAGAGAGGAGAAACAGUCUUUCAUACAAAGUACAGCAAUCAACAGCCUCUAUGGAUCUCUGGUGAAUCUCCUCCGGUGUCUCUGAAUAUCAGUCCCAGCAGAACUCAACACUUUUUGCAUGACUCUCUCUCACUGAGCUGUGAGGACCAGAGAAACUCUACUGGAUGGACAGUGAGACGAUAUGCACCCAAUAAAAAAUUGUUAAAUUGUUCACAGUGGGGAUCAGUUACAGGAUCUACAUGUAACAUCAGCUUCCUCUCCACAUCCUACACUGGAGUUUACUGGUGUGAGUCUGAAUCUGGAGAAAACAGUAAUCCUGUCAACAUCACAGUUCAUGAAGGUGAUGUGAUCCUGGAGAUUCCUGUCCAUCCUGUGACUGAGGGACAUCCUCUGACUCUACACUGUUUAUAUCGUAACACAAAUCCCUCAAACCUCCGAGCUGAUUUCUAUAAAGAUGGAUCAGUCGUCCAGAACCAGACUACAGGAGAGAUGAUCAUCCAUAAAGUCUCAAAGUCAGAUGAAGGUUUCUACCACUGUAAACACCCAGAGAGAGGCGAGUCACCGAGAAGCUGGAUCUCAGUCAGACUUGCAAGUUCAACAUCUCGUGGUGGAACACUAGACUUGGCUAAGCUUGGACUGACCCUGGGCUUAUUUUUUAUUGUUUUGCUGAUCAUAAUGAUCCUGCUGUGUUGCUACAAAAUCAAAAAAGAAAAGCAGCAGAAAAACAAUCAGGCAUCGGAGCAGAAUCAGAGCCAGUCAGAAGCUGAAAACUCUCAGUCAGGACAAACACCACUUCAGGGUGGUCAGUGUCAGGAUCGGAACUCAAACCAGGGAAAUGAACACAUGUUUGCACCUGUGGAUCAGGCAGAUACGAGUGAAACAGGUGUAGCUGAAGCCCUGACCAGAGAAGCCACUUACGCUCAGGGCACGAACAAAAAGAAGGCAAACAGGCCCAAUGGUGCUGAUGAGGAACCCGGCGUUAUUGAUGUGACUUACGCUAAACUCAACCUGAAACCGAUGAAACCACCACAAAGAGUAUUUAGUGCAAAAGGCACGACCAAUGCGUGUUCUGAUGUUGUAUACAUGAAGCUGAAGAAGAAGAAGAACACAGAGGGAAACAUUGAACAUGAAAACUAAAUUAAGAAGGUGACUGCUUUACUGUGAACGCUCUGGGUUACUGAUCACAAAGUUGGGGGUUCAAGCCACAGCACUGCCCAUCUGCCCAUGUGCAAGGCCCUAAACUGUCUCUAUCUGGGGUCUUGUACUUUGGAUGACCCUGUGUCCUGAUCUCAACUUCAUAACAUGCUUAUAUACGCAAAGAAACUAAUUUCACGGUGUUGUAAUGUAUACAUCUGGCAAAUUAAGGCUUCUUUUUGAAAAUCCCACAUUUUGAAAUAGUAAUAUUCUAAUAUUUUGACCAUUGUGACUACCAGUUAUAGAGGUGUACUGUCUUCUCAUAUUGUUCAAAAUUUCAAGUUGGAUUGUGUUUCACAUUUAAAAUGAAGUCACCAGGAAGCUAAUGCUGACAUAAAUGUAAAAUUUCAUUUAAAAUUUCCAGUAAAAUACAACCCCAAUUCCAAAAGAGUUAGACCAAUGUUACUAGAAACAAUGCAAUAACUUGCAAAUCUAAUAAAUCCAUUCAUCCAUCCAUCCUAAAGCAUCACAUCUUCUGUCUGUAUACACCUGGGAACUGAGGAGACCAGUUGCUGAAGUUUUGGGAAAGAAAUUUUGUUCCAUAUGUGUCUGAUACAGGAUUCUAGCUGCUGAACACUUCUUCGUUUCCUUGGUUGUAUUUUUCAUUUUUUAAUG